UGCAUCGUACUUGUAUAAACCGGAACCGGAAAUCCACGCUCGGCGUUACCCGACUGUUAGCAUUUUUGGUAUUAUGCAUUCAAGACAGGCUAAGCUCGUUUAUCUCAAGUAGAUUACUAGUCGUUAUUUGUUUACAAUACGUAUAAUUUCAUGCGAAGGGUUUCAUAUCGCGCUGCAUCAAAGAUUUACAGGUAAUACUAGUAACAUUUUGUUUGAGCCUACGUUAGCUUAGCUUUCGCUUUGUCGAGGCAGUGCUACAGUUUUCGUUGGCGUGAACUGAGUUACCAUGGCAGACCCUGCUCGAAUUAAAACUGAUGACACUUGUGAGAAAACAACCACAGCCACGGAGGAGCCCAAGCCAGAAGAAACAGAUGAUGUUUCUGCCACAGCAAAGCCCACACAAGAAAACAAAGAAGCGCCUUCUCAGGACCAGCCCAGACAGGAUGUUAAACCCGAAACAGCUGCUCAUGAGGAUGAGGAGGAAGGAACAUCAGGCCAGUCUGCUUGCAAGAGGCUGAAGGUGGAACCAGAGAAGAAGAAAGAGAAACGACAAAAGGUUGAUGAGGACGAAAUUCAAAAAAUGCAAGUUCUCGUGUCGUCUUUUUCUGAGGAGCAGCUAAAUCGUUACGAGAUGUACCGGCGUUCUGCUUUCCCUAAAGCUGCUAUCAAAAGGUUGAUCCAGUCCAUUACGGGAUCAUCAGUUUCUCAGAACGUCGUCAUUGCCAUGUCGGGUAUCUCCAAAGUUUUUGCUGGGGAAAUCGUAGAGGAAGCAUUGGAUGUUUGUGAAAAGUGGGGCGACACACCACCUCUCCAGCCCAAACACAUGAGAGAAGCAGUGAGGAGGCUGAAGAGUCGAGAUCAGAUCCCCAACACAAAGUACAAGAACAUUCUUUUUCACUGACGAGGAUGAUGGAGUGGGAUGUGGUCAGGAAACCACAAUGACCAACCUGGGACUGUCUUGAAUUCAACCACCUGAAAAUGUUCACCAACAGGAAACAGAUCUGCUGGACAUCCACAGAUGACAUGAAGUAUCCAGGUGCUUCUCAGUGGUUUAGGAAUUCGUGGACUGAUGUUUUUCUUUUGUUAUUUAGCCAUAGAUAUUUAAUAAGUAGUUCAUUUUGUAAAUUGUGUUUAGUAUCCAAAAUUAUGUUUAUAAAAAUAAAACUCCAAAAACACCUGUUGACAUAAAUGGAUGAGUUUAAGUGAUUAGAAGUUGAUUCAAAAAUCUAAUGAAACACCAGGGGGCGAUAUAUGCCCACCAGACAAAGUCAGAAAAUCAAUAACAUCAUUAAGAAACAAAGCUCUUUACAACAUUAAAAACAUUUUUUUGGUUGUUUAAUUUUCAAAGACUCACCAGGAAGUGUUCUGCAACUCAUGGUUUAUUCUUUUACAUUUUAAAAUAUUCUCCAUGUUAGCGUUUGGUUCACAGAACCAGUUCAAAUGUUAGUCUUAAUGAAGUGGUAAAGACGAUACAAAAUUCCAUGUAGUUCUACAGGAUUAACAAAAAUAACAAAAAAAAAACAGUCCACAUACACUGCCACAUCUGCACCACGGG